CAAGCAAGUCCGUGCAAACAGAUACUAGGUUGGUCUGCGCGUUGCGACCCGCUGAUAUCAUCAACAACCACGACAACGGAUGCAACAACAGCUCUCCGAUGCGCCUUCUCAGAUAGCAUUGAACAACUUCCUUCAGCACAUUCGCCAACAACUUUUCAAUCACCAUGGUGUCGACACGACGUCAAAAACAAGAAGAGCCUCCGGCGCUGGCCACGCAGCCAAAAGUACAAAUUGCUCGCGGUGGUCUCAAGAAAGCCGUCGCGACCAAAGAACCUCCAAUCGCUGAUGUGAAAGUCUCCACGGCCACUAAAGCUUCCGCUGCAAAGAAAGCCCCGGCACCCAAGAAACCCACUACAACCCGAUCGCGCGCAAACAAAGGCAAGACUGUCGAAGAUGAGGACUUACCGCGACAAGAAGACCAGCAGAUCACAGGGAAGACGACGAGAGCCAAGAAGUCAGUAAAAGACGAUGAUUCAGCAGCGAAAGCCCCAACGAGAGCCACGAGGGCUAGAGCCGCAUCGAAGGCUACUCAAUCCGAGGAGCCUCAAAAGACGCUUCAGAAGAAGAACCCCAGCAAAGAUGCGCCUGCGGCCCACAGAGCCCCGCGAAUCAGAGGAACCAGGAAGGAUACAGAGGAAGUGCAGAUAGGAGUAGAACCCGAAAUUGAAGGAGCGGUUGAGACUGGUACUCUAAAUGAAGCAUCAGACCAUCCUCCACCAGUAGAGCGCAAAACUAGAGCUACUGCGACAAAGACUACGAAAGUUUCCUCCAGAGCUAAAGCUCCGGUUGCGUCUUCCAAGUCUAGGGUGAAAAGCGCUCCAAAGAAGACAACAAAAACAACAACAACAACAACAGCAAUCACAAGGGCAACGAGGGGAACGAGGUCGAAGAAGGUACCGGAAGUACCGGACGAAGAUUUCGAGCCCGCAACAGAGCACGUACCAUCUGUCAUUAAAAUUGAGAUGGCAGCCAUCAGAGCACCCACUCUGUCGCCGGGCAAAGCAGCUUCCGCAAGUCUAUUGAGAAUGUCGCCUUCUAAAUCAAUCAUGCAGAAGAUAGCCGAGCUUCCAACAACAAGCUCUAUUGUGGUCUCGCCGUCGAAAUUGCCUCGACCGCAAGACAACGACGUGGAAAUGAUGGAUUCGUAUGAUGCCUUGGCACCUACUCCGCUUUUUCAAAGGUCAGAUGCACUCAACGCGAACCAGACGCCUUCCAUGAAGUCUUCCCUCUUCACAGUCUCUGCUCGGAAGCCUCCAGGGUCUGUAAGAAGGCUCCAUGCAAUGUCACCGAGUCAGGCCUUGGUCAAACCACCUGGCCAGGCUGUGGACGAACAUCAAAAGCUAGGCUCUUCAUUGUUUUCAAGGUCACCAAAGAAACUUCAUGCGAUCAUCCCCAGCAAGGCCAUGAUCAAGCCACCUGGCCAGACCGUAGAUGAGAGGCAGAAGGCGGAAUCCUCAUUGUUCUCGGCAUCACCCAAGAAGCUACACAUGGAAUCAAUGGGCAUCUUCGGGGCGGCUUGCAAGAACAAACGGCCUGCCGAGGGUGGCGAGACACAGUCUUCAUUGACUGCGUCUCCCCGAAAGGUCAAGCUUACUUCACCAACAAUGAAGUUUGACAAUCGUUUCCCCGAAACUUCUGCCAGCGUACAGAGACCUUUCGGAAAAUCAAGUUUGAAUUCAUCCCCUAGAAGAAUGAAGACUCCAGGACGCACGCCAAAGACCGCGCCCAUUUCAUCCAUCCGUGCUUUUCUGGAUUCUGGUACGCCAACCAAGGCUCCCCCAAGAUUUACUCUACCGACUCAGGAUGUCAUCAUAGAGUCAGAAGAGGCCGAUGUCACGAUGGUGUUUGAAGAACCCCAAUUCCCCUGCGAUGUCCUUCCAACAGCUAUUGAGUCUAACCCAAUGGGAUCAGAUGAGGAUGAUGUUUUUGCAAUCGGAACGGCCCAAACCUUAUCCUCAUAUGAAGCUCAAGAAGUCAUGCCAGAGACACCAGGACAAGAGCGCGGGGAGCCCGAAAUUAUAUUUACUGAAAAUGGUUUGAACGAGCUCGCAACUCCAGCAUUACGUCGCUCAGAUGUUAUACACGAACGCAGUCCAAUCGCUGAAAUUUCGAGAUCCGUUCUAAAGGAAUCGCACCUCGAUUCCCUGACCCAGGCAGGUCUAGCUGAGGACAUUUCAAGGACAAAACAAGCACAGGAAACUGAAGACGACCUUUCAAUAUUCAUUAAUACUACUACCGUGGAAACAGAAAUCCUUCCAGAUUUAGCUAUGAACGAUUCUAUCAUUGCGAACCUCGACCAGAAAGCGCCAGCAUCGGCCGACUCGAGUAUUCUUAUCACGCUAAAUCAAGACCCGCAUGAGAAGCACACUCUACCAUCAGAAUUACCAGUGGUAGAGUCGGAUGCGGAGGCGCCGUUGAACGUAGUCCCAUCCACCCCAUCGACACCGAAACAGAUGCCUGUGCCGAUCAUGCUUCCGCUCUCUACAGCAAAACGCCCAAAGAUGUCACCGCGAAAGUCAUCUCUUCGAUCUCCAGAGAAGAAGUCAUUUGAGUCGCCCAGAAAAACUGUUACCUGGCAGCAGCUUGAACAGAAUGCAACACCUUCUAAGAAUGAUGGUAUACUUGAUGGAAUGACAUUUUAUGUCGAUACCCGGACAAACGACCAGGUUGAUCAGUCGUAUAUGUUCGUAUCAUAUCUCGAGCGAGCGGGAGCGGUCUGUGUCCCGCAGUGGUCCAGCAAUAGUAUGGGUGUGACUCAUGUCCUUUGGAUGAAUGGGGACAUUCGAACGCUUGAGAAGGUCGUUGCUAGCGAUGGUGCCGUGACAUGUGUUAAUGUCGGGUGGGCAGUAGCAUGCGAGAAUAGUGGAAAACGUAUUGACGAGAGUGCAUAUCUCACGGACUUGUCCUGCGUUCCCGGAAACUCGCCCGUCAAGCCACUAAGCACAUUAAGUGCUAAUUCUAGUCCUUUGAUGGCUCGAACGCCGUCAAGAUCACCUUUUAAGCCAGUCUCCACACCUUUCACUAUGAAGCCUCUUCCACCUUCGCCACAAAUCUCCUUUGACGAUUUUGAUAAGGAGAAUUCACCAGCGAUGACUACGGGAGGCUCUCCGGCAACGCCAUACUUUUUGCAUAAGGAAGAAUUGAUCCAACGCACGUGCCCACCGAAACAAAACAAUAAACCACUGUUCUCUGGCAGUUUGUCUAGUAGCUCCUUUGCGGAUAGACUGACAGCGACGAAGAGGAGAAGAUCCGAUGUUGGCGGUACGACAAGUGGUCGCACGCCCAAGAGGAGCCGGCCUGCGCUUCGGGAUAUAUUCGAGUAAUGGUUUCAUUCGGCGAAUAGUACAUGUCCAGAUUGAUGACUGAUGAAUUGUUUGCUUGGGCGAAUGUAACGAUACUACGAACAACAUUGAAGGCGUUUAGUGAUUGGGAGACUGAGUCUGGGUCGCUGCUUUAUUUGCUAGCCUCUGGUAAAUAGGCCUUUGUUCUUGUACUUGUACAAUCUGCUGUCGCUUUUGUACAACACGUUCUAUAGAGGACCACUAUCAGGUACUCAAUGAUAUGCUUAAUUUGAUCGGCACUGCAGCAUUUUCGUAUGCUAUCGCACACUUGUAUACCGCCUCCUAUCGCAAUUCCCGUGUGAAUCAGCGUUUCGCGCAUCAUGCGCUCGUAGAAACAUAGGCCUUCAUUGCUCUUACCGCAUCAC